AUGGUUGCUAACAAACCGAACCCUCCUGCUCCUGGCAUAUCCUACUACACGCCCGCUCAGUACCCUCCAGCUGGUGCAGCAGCAGAAGAUGAUUCUGGCAAAGUUCCUACACUCUUCAAGCCCAUCAAAAUUCGAGGCGUGGAAUUCCAAAACCGCAUCUGGGUUUCGCCGAUGUGCCAGUACUCGGCACAAAAUGGACAACUAACGGACUGGCAUCUGGCCCAUCUUGGAGGAAUCUUCACGCGCGGUCCAGGCCUCACUAUGAUCGAAGCCACCGCAGUGACUCCGGAGGGCCGUAUCACCCCAGAGGAUUCUGGUCUCUGGACGGACGCGCAAAUCGGGCCCCUAAAGCGCAUCGUUGAGUUCGCACACUCCCAGAACCAGAAGAUCGGCAUCCAGCUCGCGCACGCAGGUCGCAAGGCGUCCACGGUCGCCCCAUGGCUCGACAUGGGUGCGCUCGCGACGGAGGAAGUGGGCGGGUGGCCGAACGACGUGGUGGGGCCGAGCUCGGUGCCGUACAACGAGAAAUUCCCCGUCCCGAAGGAGCUCGACAAGGCAGGCAUCAAGCGCGUCAAGACCGCGUUUGUCGAGGCGGCGAAGCGCGCCCUCCAGGCCGGCUUCGACGUCAUUGAGAUCCACAAUGCCCAUGGGUACCUGCUCGACUCGUUCAUCAGCCCGGUGAGCAACAAGCGCACGGACGAGUACGGCGGCAGCUUCGAGAACCGCGUGCGUUUGACGCUCGAGAUCGUGGACGCAGUUCGGGCUGUUAUCCCGCCUACUACGCCUCUAUUCCUGAGGAUCUCGGCAACGGACUGGCUUGAGGAGUCCUUGCCUAACGAGCCGUCCUGGCGCUUGCAGGAUACCGUGCGGCUGGCAGGUAUCCUAGCUGAGCACGGUGUAGACCUUCUUGACGUUUCCACCGGAGGUCUUCAUCCCUCGCAGAAGAUCAAGGGCGGUCCAGCCUACCAGGCGCCGUUCGCCGAGGCUGUAAAGAAGGCCCACGGAGACAAGAUUCUAGUCAGCACCGUCGGAGCGAUCACCGACGGUCCCACUGCCCAAGCAUGUCUCGACAAGGGUCAAGCCGAUGUCGUCUUCCUUGGACGUCAAUUCCAGAAGAAUCCGGGUUCCGUUUGGCAGUUCGCGGAGGAGCUGGGCGUGACUAUCACCGUUGCGCACCAGAUUGAGUGGGGCUUCAAGGGCCGCGGAAAGGUUGGAAGGAAGACGGCGAGGCUGUGAUUGUGAGCAAAUAGAAUCACGCUGUAGCAAAGCAUGUAGAAAUAGAUUUGCCUUGUAUUUUGU